CUCUCUUCAAAUGCACAGUGCCCACCAUCACAUGCACACACCCCAAGAGAUGGAGACUGUGACGGGAGGCAGGAUCAUUCUCGGCCUGGAAAUCAGCCUGAUUCUCUUUUAUGUCGGUGCUGCGCAUGACUGUCUGGUCUCUGUCCAUCAACCGCCUUACCUCGAAGUGGCCCACACUCAAGGGGCCGUGACCAUUCAGUGUUCCUUCUCCUACAAUGGGUGCAUUACAAGGCAACCAAAAAGCCUGUGGUUUCGCUAUGGUGCGGACCAGCCUGAGAACCUAUGCUCGGACGGAUGCACUGGCGAUGCAGGCAAAUUCACAGUGAAGGAAGCCCUGACAGAGGGAGAAGUCUCCCUCACUAUAAACAGGGUGACUGUGAAUGACAGCGCCAUCUACAUCUGUGGAAUCGCCUUUUCCAGAUCAAAGCAACCAGGAGCUAAGCGGACCGGAGAAGGGACCACACUGGUGGUAAGAGAAAUGAAGGAACCACACAGACUACACAGCCUCCUGAUAGCCAUUAUAUCACUGCUCUCUAUCUACAUUACUGGUGCACUCGUGAUCUUCGUAAUCCUCUCCAAAUCAAAAUCUAACUCUUUAAGAAACAAAGAAACAGAAGAUUCACAAAAGAAGAAGAGCGCCCGGCGUAUUUUUCAGGAAAUUGCUCAAGAACUAUAUAGUAAGAGACACAUGGAAACAAGACAACAACCUGAGAAAGGCAACACUUACAAAAACAGAAGAGCACUUUCCAACUAUGAAAGACCAUAGAAAUGUUUUAAUUUUCAAGUAAGUCACUGAAAAUCCAAAUCCAGAAGUUAUGGCAGUUUUAAUGGACAUACGCCCAUCAGGGCUUUAAAAAAAACAAUUCUCUACAAGGAAGGAUGUACAAGGAAACUGUCACUAAGUAAUUACCAAGAUACUAAAACCCUACAAAAUACAACUGAAAAAUACUUUCCUAACUUGCCAGAAUUCUGAGUAGUCUAACAUUUUAAAAAUUGCCAUUUUCCUAACAUAUUCCUAUAUACGUGUCAUUUGACACAUGAGGUACAUGAGGACUGCUACCCUGAAAAUUAGAAGUCACAUCCCGUGCUUCUGUCUUGGGUGGAAGAAUUGUCUUUAUGGUUAAGGAAGUGAUGGGCCAACGAGACUAAGAUGGGAGGCAGGGAAGAAGAAAGGGAAGUGCCAAAAUUUGAGUUUAAAAAAAAAAAAGGGAAGACGAAAAACCAUCUUGCAAAGUACCUUGGAGUGAAUACCAUUCUUCUUGUAUUGCCACUGGGCAACAGCAGAGUGCACAUUUUCCUGCCUGCGCGUGCAAAAUGACUUACACCAUAUGCUACCAACAAAAAGUGAAAAAAGAGAGUAAGAAUAUGAUAGCUAAAAUAGAGAGGAUCUGACGCAGGAGGUUAAACAGAAACCUCAGAACCUCAGAACACAGAAGCCCCAGCCAACUCUAGAUGUCAGUGUUGCGCCAAACAACAGCACCAGGGAAGCAGUGGGCAAGGCACUGCGCUUGCCUGUGCCUUUAUAAUACUGAUUUUUAACCGAUUUAGGAGGGGAAUAUCAGGUAAGGGGUGGGGCCAGCAAGGAUGUUUACGGAAUAAUUACCAUCUCACUGAGAAAACAUACUAUGGAUUGUUCUUUGAAAGCUACCUCACUGUAAAAAUGUAUUUAAAGUACCCACAAGUGUGCAUUCAUUAUUAAAAAUGAACUACAACCUA